CUUCGCAUAGCAGCCAUUGAUCCUCAAAAAUCGACAGGUAUUCGCGGCGAAAGUUUCGCAGCGAGUUCACAGCACUCAUUCUCAAACAGCUCGACGCCAAGCGCGCACGCCGCCGCAGCGCGUCCACAAGUAAGACCACAGCACAGCAUGGGUCUCCUCUCGUUUAUUUACUCCGUGUUGGGGUACAACAUCUGCGCGACGCUGUUCAUCGCGUAUCUGAUGUUUGAUUAUGUACUGGGAGCGUUGGCGACGUUCGGCGCCCGCUACGUGAUGGAAAGUAAGUCGGGCGGCGCGUACGACUUCUACAUCCGCUGGAUCCGCGUCGACUACGGCUGGACGGAGCUGACGCUCACGAUCGGCCCGAUCACGUUCAAAAACCCGAAGAAGUUCAAGAUGACGCCGUUCCUCAUCAAGAUCGACCGCAUCUCGUGCCGCGUUAAUCCGCGGUCGUUCCUCGAUUGGCUGAAAAAAAAGCGCCCCAUGGAGGUCGAGAACGUAGAGAUCGAGCGCAUGCGCUUGCACAUGGAAAGAGAUGGGAAGGGAGAGAUGAACUGCUGGGCCGCGCCUCGCAGUGCAUAAAAUCAAAUUGUCGCGUCUCAUCCACCCGACUCACUGGCUGAUUACUCACAGGCGCUCGGCAUGGACGCGGCGGCCGGCGAAGCGGCGUACGCCGACGCCCAGAAGUCGUCGGACAAGCAGGAGCAGGACCUGGACCCGGAAGCCUUCGAAGACGACGGAAAAGAUGAGUACAAGGGCAUGGAUAAGAAAGAAAAGAAAAAAGUUAAGAAGUCGAAGCGGGAGAAGGAGGAAGCGAAGCAUGCUGGCGGUGUCCUCGGCAUGUUCGCCGUCAAGCGCGUAUGCUUGCGCGGCCACCGCUACGACAUUGACGCGUUCAUGCGCAAGACCAAGACCACGGCCAAGGACGUUCAGAGCAAUAUAAUCAAAAUGCAGAUAUUAGAAGUCUUCGACGGUCCCGGCCUGUGUGGAACUAAGUGUGUCGGGUGCACCCGAUAAUUCCUCGCGUCGAUGGCGUGGACGAACGCGCCGUAAAUUGAAUUUCCACCCAUUUGAUUUCCACACAGGUCGCGGCAAGAAGGACAAGAAAGGCAACUACCCGGGCCUCUACUUAGAUGAUAUCAUAAAAAUGGUCGUGGUCCGCUGCGUCAAGACUGUUAUGUCGACGAAUGGUUUCACCAACAUUAAGAUGGGUCUCGGCGCGGCUGGGAACCAACUCGGCGCGGGCAUCGCUGGUGGUGCGAACGCCGUCAACAACACGGCAGCGAGAGGUCUCUUAAAUAUGGGCCAGACGACCGGCAAGCAAGUCAACGCGCGUCUGAAGGGCAAGGAAGCGGUGGCGGAUUCAUUAGUUAUUGUCUGCCACUCCGCGAAGCACCUACCGGCAGGUGCCAAAGUUGUGUGGAAAUCAAGCAAUCGAGCAGUUGUCGCGUCGAUGGCGUGGAUGCGUGAUUCAGCCGUACGCACACAGGUCACAAGAAGCGUCCGGCGGCGUACCUAAAAAUACAGGUGGGCAAGAAGGGGGUCAAGCAAAAAACGGCCGCCGCGCCGGCCUCCAACAAUCCGGAUUGGGGGAAAACGAUCACGUUAUCGCCCAUCACUGAUUUGGAGGAAGACGUGCGCAUUCAGGUCUACGACCGGCGCAUCUUCGCCGAAGACGAUCAGUUAGGCAAGACUUUGAAGAUCCCGCUACGCGAGCUCAUAGACAACGCCGCCGUCGAGAAGUGGUACGACAUCGAGCCGGCCGAUGACAAGCCCCUGAAAGAGGGCGAGAAGUCGGCCCAGGUCAAGCUCUCGCUCGAGCUCCACGGCGUCAAGGCCACCGAAGACUGAGGAAGAAGUGUCCUGUAGUGAUCCCCGUUCCCCCCGUGUAACUUUCAAUAAAUCCAGUACUAGAAGUACUACACAACAACAUCACACACCGGCCGUCGCC